UGCAAUGGAGCAGCCUCUCCUUGCUUCUCCUCCUAACAUCGUCCCCAACUCUCGACCUCCUCCGGCCAAGUCCUCCAACCCUAACAUUCUCGUCGGCCUCACCAUAUUCCUUGUCGUCGCGGCCUUCUCUCUGUUGGCGAACUACGAGGCCGCCAAGGGCUUUCAGAUCGUCGUCGUCAAUGCCGCCUUGCACACCCACGCAGGCCGGCGCUUCGACCUCCUGUUCGUCUCCAACGACCGCGCCACCAGACUCGUCGUCGCCUCCAGCAAUCUUGUGCAGCGCAUCCUUUACCCGGACGAUUCGUUUCCCAGGAAGCCGGUGGACCGCGUGACACUUUACAUGGCCGGCGAAGACCUCGACAGCACGGUUGCAGUCCGCGGAGGACGCAGCGCGGGCGAGUUCGUCGUCCGGAUGAGCCCGGCCGUGAUGGAGGCGGCCGACGUCAAAGCGGCCGUGGCUGAGGCGGUGCAACGGGGCAUGGCGCGGGUCUGGCUAUGGGAUGGGCGAGGCGAGGCCCCGAGAUCGCUUCUUGACGCCAUGGCAGAGUGGGUUGCCAUGUCCUCCGGCAUGGCAUCUCCUUCCAUCAGGCCCCGCAACACCAGCGUAUCACCGUUCAAUGCUUCGUGCUGGGAGGACGACGACCACGUACGCCUGGCGAGCUUCUUGAAUUACUGCGACGCGAAGCACCAUGGAUUUGUAGCGCGCUUGAACAGAGCCAUGCAGGAUGAGUGGACCGAAGACACGUUCAACGUUACAUUGGGCUCAUCAGUUCCACAAAUCUGCUCCGCCUAUCUCUCGGCAGAACAAAUAUCUAGUAAGUAAACCUAAUGCUUCUUCUGAUGUAAGAGCUAAUAAGCUUACUAGUGUGCCACCUUUUACGUAGUAUGUACAUCAUCUCAACGAAUAACGAAGCCAUUCUAUCAACAGAUACACACAUACACAGAAAUGGCUUCCCACAGCACGUACUUUCAAUUUGCAUUAGUAAGUUCACAAUGACUCAGUAAGUUACGAACGCAUCAGCAGUCCUUUCCGAUUGAAUGCCUCA